CGAUUCAUGUAACGGCGUUACGGUAUACAAAAAUUUUCAAAAUUCCACUUUCAUUAAAAGUUUCGGCUAAUGUUUUGGUCCUCCCUACUAAGGGGCUUCAGCUCACGUCAGAGCGGCUCCUCGAAUAAACCCCCAAAACCUCCAAGUCCACCGAAGCCACCAUCGUCACCAUCUCCACCAAAGUCUCCUUCUGCCAAACGAGAAUGCAAGAUCCGGACGCACUGCAUUCCGGCCGCCUUCUGCGCCGAAGGGGAUAAGUUCAAGUCGAUGUGGGAUCCGCCGAAGAACCUGCCUCCGCCGUACCCCUUCGUGGUCAGCCGAUCAAAUGACUUGUGCUGCGAACCCAACUGCACCAAACCACUGCCCUCAUUCGACGAGCUGUAUUACCGUCCCUCCUGCAAGAACGGUCCUUACCAGCGCCACUGGGUGGAGUGCCCCAAGUUCAUGAUCCGCAAGAAGAUAAUCUGCGCCUACGACAAGCUGGAGGCUCUGAGCCCCGCCCGUCGGGUGGCCGAGCGGCGCGAGCGGACAACGCUCAGUGCCACAGCCACAGGACCAUGUCCCCAUUUCGCUCCGUUGGCACGAUGCGUGCCAGGACGUCGUCCGCCCAGAUGCCACGCGGCCAAGACGCCCUCCUGCUGCCGCAGGUUGUGUGCACCGAUGCCCUGCUGGUCGGAUUGUAAGCAGCCUAAGCUGGCCAAGCGACCAUAUCGACCUCGCGAGUGCGAGUGCCGAUUCCCCCUGAGCCUCUGCGAAGCGGAGCGGGGUCGUCAGUGGGUCAAAAUUCAUGGUGAGAACCACGUCUGUCCCAGUGCCAUAAAAAAGGCCAAGAAGGCGAGAAAAGACAUGCUCAAGAAGAUGAAAAAGGAUAAGAAGGAUAAGGGCACGGAUAAGAAGAAAGAUAAGAACAAGGAUAAAAAUAAAAAAUAAGUUUU